CAUGGCGUAGAAAGUCAUGAAAAUAAGGAAAAUAAAUUUUCCGAAUCGAUUUCUUCCUGAAUAUUAGUUUCAUGUUGGACCCCUCUGACGCCAACACUCAUUUAUUUGAAGAGAUGUUCUCCAAGCCAAAGAAUUGGCUUUCUGGGGGUCUCUGGAGACCAAAGAAUCCCCAUUCUCUUGAACAUUUGAAAUUUCUUUAUAAUGUACUCUGCAAGAACCAAACCAUUACAGAUGCCAACAGAAGUCAGUUAGUGGAGACUUUGCGAUCAAUAUCCGAGAUUCUCAUCUGGGGAGACCAGAAUGACAGUUCAGUGUUUGAUUUCUUCCUGGAGAAGAAUAUGCUAUCCUUCUUUCUCUCCUAUAUGAGGCAAAAAUCCGGGCGGUACAUCUGUGUACAGCUCCUGCAAACGCUCAACAUUCUAUUUGAAAAUAUCAGCAAUGAGACAUCUGUUUAUUAUCUUCUUUCCAAUAACCACAUCAAUUCCAUUAUCGUACAUAAGUUUGACUUCUCAGAUGAAGAGGUCAUGGCCUACUAUAUAUCAUUCCUUAAGACGUUAUCUCUCAAGCUGAACAAGCAUACGAUACAUUUCUUUUACAAUGAACACACCAACGAUUUUGCCUUGUAUACAGAGGCGAUAAAGUUCUUCAACCACUCUGAAAGCAUGGUUAGAAUAGCAGUGAGGACAAUCACCCUUAACGUCUAUAAAGGCUAUUCUAAAGGACUUAGUGAUACUGACCCCAUGUAUAAGUAUCACCAAGAGCAUGAUGAUGAUGAUGAUGAUAACUAUGCUGCGGGGCAAUGCCACGUUGAUGACAAUUCCAUGUUGCGUUACAUCAGGGAUAAAACUGCCGCACCAUAUUUCUCAAAUCUUGUGUGGUUCAUUGGCAAUCAUAUCAUUGAACUAGACAUAUGUGUCCGGAACGAUGCAGACCACCAGAGCAGGAAUCGUCUUGCAGAUCUCGUAGCGGAGCAUUUGGAUCACCUGCACUACUUAAACGAUAUCCUCUGUCUGAGCAUUGACUGCCUUAACGACGUAUUGACGGACCAUCUCCUACACAGGCUGCUCAUACCACUCUAUGUUUACUCGCUGACCAACCGAAGGAAGUCACGUAGCGCCGCAGUAAGUUGGAAAUCAAAACGUGGCAAAAAAAACGGCCGUCCACAUGUGAGCUCUGUCGUCUCAUUAUUCCUCUUAUCUCAAGUAUUCCUGAUCAUGCACCACGCCCCUCUAGUCCGUCAGCUCGCCAAUAUCAUAUUCAACGGCGAUUUAACCGUCUCUAUGCAAGAUCCUGCAGAGUCGACCUCAACAGCGCCUAAUAGCGCGUCGAAAGUUUGCGGGUUUGUUGCACCAGAAGAGCCGCUCGCCCAGUCGCUGGAUUACAAUAGAGGAAAGGGUAAACCUAUGCGUAGGCCAAACUAUCGUAAUUCCGAUGAAGUGACCGAAUCCAGGCUGGGUAAUUCUACAUUCUAUACUUCUGAUGACACCCACUUGGACGACAGUUCUUCUCCAUCCACUGAUGAAGCAAGCGAUGGUGGUCCAGAUGGAGAUCCUGACCUUGCCAGUCCAAACCAGAACUCAACUGAUGAGGAGAAAUUACUGACUGCUGGUGCUUCUGCGGCUGCUCCACCAUUGACAGCGGAGCAGAGGCAGGCGGACUUCACGUUAACAAAUAGACCAUACCUCGAGGCAGUCUACAACGCCCUCGAGUGCCAAGACAAUGACUAUGAGACACUCCAUGGCCUCUGUCUGCUCUAUGCCAUGGGUCAUAAUACAGGAAUAAAUCAAGAGUUGCUAGAUUCUGUGUUAAUGCCAACUGACAAAUCUGAGACCAAAGAUCACUAUAAUGUGUAUCUGAUUGAGAAACUGAUCAAAAUCAUCACGCUUAGCUGCCAGAAGGGUAGCAGAGUGCGCCUGGCUACGCUAGAGAUGAGCAUUCUCUUACUCAAGCAGCUGGUCUACAGGAAGGGCAAGAACUUCCUACAAGACCGACAUCUGGCCUGCAUUGAAGGUGCUAAAGAGGAGAGCGUCCUCUUACUGAGGGUUUUCUACAAGAGCGAAGAGAUUUUCCUUGACAUGUUUGAAGAUGAGUUUCGAGAGAUGAAAAGCCGGCCCCUGAACGUCGAGUACCUGACGAUGGAUGCCUCCAUCCUUCUUCCACCAACUGGUACGCCGCUGACUGGCAUCGAGUUCACCAAGAGGCUUCCGUGUGGCGAGGUUGAAAGGGCAAGACGGGCGAUUCGAGUAUUCUUCAUCCUGCGUGAUUUAUCAUUCACCCUGCGGGGAGAAGUCGAUAAUGAUCUUCCAUUAACUAAGCUGUCUGAAUGUGUUCAUGUCGGAGAUGUUUUAGAUCUCAACAACAGUGAUUUGAUUGCCUGCACAAUAGUAUCAAAGGAUCGAAAAGAACGCCGCUUCCUAGUGAUAGACGUCCUCCAGUUGAUUCUUGUUGAGCCAGAUAUCAAGCGUCUUGGGUGGGGCGUUGUGAGAUUUGUGGGAUUCCUCCAGGACGUUGAGGUCUCCGGUGAUAAAGAGGACAGUCGCACACUACAUGUCACCAUCCACAAACCAGCCACGUCAAGCCAUGCCCGUCCCGUGCCAUUGCUAGCAGCGCGAUUCAUAUUCGAUGACCAUAUACGCUGUAUGGCAGCAAAGCAGCGAUUGAGUAAAGGUCGUCUGAAAGCACGCCAGAAGAAGAUGCACAUGAUUGCCAGGUUGUUAGAGUUGCCGACGCAUGUUGCCGAUUCCAUGUACCAGAACUUUCCCGGGCAAUACGGCCCUGGUGCAGCAAUGCCAUCAAUUCCAGGGAAAACAGAAGGCAAGGCCACCAGUAAAGGUCGCUGCCAACCAGUGAUGUUCAGUCGGCCGGAGAUUGAACCAUUCUCUGCCAGCGAUCUACCGUUGAACAAGUCUAGUCAACAGCGCCCCGUUACACGUCCCCUACCCAUUAAUCUACAGUCGAAGCCACAGACACCUGUUCCUCCUGAUUCACCAGAGAUUGAAGAAGCACAAGAUGCCACAUCGCCGUCAGCUUUUGCUUUCCAGUCGCUCAACAACAACCACUCGGAGAGUACUGAAAGUCGUGGGUCACACAGUCGCCAAUCAUCAGCAGGCGGGUCAAUGAUACAGGAGAUUCCUUUGGAAGAUCUCUCAAAGAGGCAAAGGGCAGACGGAGUCGACCAGACAACAUUAUCUGGCAGACGUGGAAGUAUCCCGGUGCCAGAGACGAGUAAGAGACGUGUUUCACUGCCUGGUGGGCCGACAGAAAAUGUCAGGAAGCGCAGCAGUUCUUAUAGCCCCCGGCGUCCACAUCACACGGCGUCUCCUCGAAGCUCUAGUCCUCGUCAAAGUUCACACCAGCAUCUUGAGGAGAGGUCGUUGUCCAUGUAAUGUAUGCCUUGAUGAACACUCGUCGCUAAGUGUGUCAUGACCGAGUAAGAACACCAUUGGGGCAGCUAGCUUUAGUCACUUUUCCACUGCAGACGUCUAGCCUUUCAUUGGGGGAAAAAGUAUAGGUGACUGCUAAGUCAUCAAAUAUAUAGCAAUGACUUAGUGAAUUACAGUAAUAAACGAAAUAAGUGGAACUGUUCUUGUGUUUGGAUGCAAUUGUGGAAGGGGAAGUUGUGAAGGGACGUGAUAUUCGUGCUUCCCGGUGAUAUGAAUUAAAAACUAGUGAAUGCUUUUACUGAAGACUUCAUGUACAUCUGUCUGCACUAGGUAUUUAUGUACAAAAUUUAAGUCGGGGCAUUUACUAGCCUUUUUUCAUAUCGCCGACUAUCUCUGAAGCAGACACUGAGCCAAAUGUUAAAGGUUAUGGCAAGUAAUGAGAUCAGAGAAACUGGAAUGAAAAAUUGUUGGCUUGAUCCACUUCUGUGACUGAAGUUUGGUAAAUCUCUGAUUGGAUAUUGAAGGAGUAGAAUGUAUUCAAAAUGAAUCUUUUUUUUGUCACCUACAUGCAGUAUUUUGAUGGACAAAGGGGCCUUUUGCAAUGGACGCUUGCCUUGCUUUCAAAAUUCUUUGGAUCUGAUGACGUGCUGGUUGGCCAUCUCUAUUCCUGAUUGUGGAAUACUGCUACAUUGAACUUGCUUGACUCUGUGCCCUUGUGCUGGUGGUGUUCUCUUGGGCGUGACGCGGUGCAUGUGGGCCAAGGGAAGGUUUCAAUAUUUAGCUGUAGAUAUUGUUCAAGUGAACUGCUGUGGUGGAGCACCCCUGUUUGCCCGAUUCCUACCAUCUCAACCUUGUGACUUGUUGAAAAAGGUUUCUGUUAGAGAUUUGAGCGCUUUUGUGACUUGAUCACUAAGAUGUUUAAGUUUCAAAUCUUCAAACAUGGAAAGUACCGUGCCACAAAUUGGAUCCGCCACCCAUUGCAUCAAAAUCAAUGCAAUUGAAUUUAAUGAGCCUUUUGUAAUGUCGUUCGAGAACUUUCGAAUGAAUGUGAUAUAAUGCCAAAUAGUCAGAUCAAUACUAGUACACCUACUGACAGCUACAAUGCCUGUUUUUUGUGAAGUAUCAGGCUUGGAUGGAAAUCAGAACAAUGUGUAUUUUUAAAUAGGUUGGAAAAAUUUCCACUUGGGGUGUAUCAGACAGACUAAAUUGAUCUGGUCUGUGCAUGCCCAUGUGACAUCUUUCAUCGGUGAAAUGAAAGCAUAUAUUUGCCGAAAGAAACUCAAUGAAGCAUGGUUCGUGCAUUUUUUGUCACUGGUAACCCCCCUCCCCCUCCCUCCACCAUUGACCUGUGACAAAUGACCUCAUUUUGACUCUUUCAUCACCUUGGUAACUCUUCACUAUCCUCUGUGAAUCUUCCUGUGGCCCAUGUGAGUGUGUCCGGUAUCAACCUUGUGAAUAUUUACAUACUCAUUAGGAAAACACUGUGUCUGUUCUACUAUGCCAAAGACCCAAAACUUCAAAGGCCUACUUUGGUUUAAUUUGACUUACUUAUCCCUUAUAGUGUAAUCUUCGAAAUGGGUAAAACAAAAUGCAUGUAAGGUAGGGUGGUACAGUUAGAGCCGGGGUACAAUUAUAGCCACCAUGUGCAUAAAUGUGUACUGUCUGCUGUGUUCCACCUUACCUUACUUGUACACCUUUUGCAUUGAGCAUUCAUCAAACAUGUUCUAGGUAUACGGGUCAAUAAAGGUAUGGAGUUAUCCUAAUUUCUGUAUUGUAUAUUCUUAUAUGUGGAUGCUAGUCAAAAAAACUGUACCUGUACCGUUUGUUUGUGCGAGUGCCCAAAGCAUUGCGCAGACAAGCAAUUUAGAUUGUUGCAACCUGCGAUUUUUAAUCACGGCUAUGUGCAACAAAAAGAUCUCUUGUCUGCAGGUAAUACGUCUAACCAAUGCUAUUAAAAUGGGAUGACAAUAAAGUUGAGUGGUGUGUCACGGUCUGGUGUACUCGAAACUGCUCACAGAUAUGAGUGAGAACAUAUUCUCAGUUUUUACAGGGUGGCUCAGAACUUGCCUAAUCAUUUCACAUUGUGUUUUCUUUAAUGAUAUAAAGCAACUCUAGCCAAUUGAGGAGCAUGUAUAGCCCUGGCAUCCCCACCUCCUCUUUAUCCCUACAAAUCUUGUAUUCUUGCUUCAGUCUCUGUAUAAACUCCUCUGCAAUUUCAACUUUGUCAACUUUAGACUGCAUUUUGUAUUCCAUGAUUCUCCUCAGGAUUUGUUAAAAUAGUGUUUUAAAGGAAAAAAGUUUGGAUGAUACAUCAUGCACGAAUAAAAUAUGAGUUUGGCACCAAACCCUAACAGGCAGGAAAUAAGCUAUUAAAGAUAUACAUGUACUUGGGCAAUGUAGUUGGUACAGAAUGGCCAGAAUGCAUUUUAUUUGCAAUUUCUAUCAUCCAAGCUUUUCAUUAUGGCUGUUCUCGUGGCUUUAGUAGCACCCAGUGCCGUUACCCUUCUGGUGAUAAUAAAUUAAUGAAGAAUUAAUGAUGGUAUGUGUAAUAUUCACCCUUUUGGAAAUUUUUCUUUAACGAUAUUAUCUAAGGAUCUUGUUGCGGAAUGCAUUUCUUGGAAAUCCUAAAAUUUGGAGCUACAUAUUGACAUGAACUUUUGUCCCAUUAGAAACUCACCAUUGCCUUGGCAUUAUAUGACAAGUUCAUUGAAAUUUUCCAUUCGGGAAACAUGGGUUUGAGUUGAGGAAGUUAUUGGAAAGUGUUCAAGCGGGUAUACUCUUGUUUUUUUUAUGUGCACAAACGUCAUGCAAAUCUGAUCGUGAGGCUUUUCAUUCAUUUGAAAAAAACUUUUGAAUGCAGAAUAUCAAACACAAUACAAGCAUAAAUCUUACGUAUGACAGUUUUUACAAGUUUAUCUUGUUUUUUUAGUCUUAUUCAUCUCAUUGACGAUGUCUCCAUGCGAUAAAGUACAUGUACUAUACAAUCAACCCUUUCUUGGUUAAAUCUUUCUGAAAAUGGAGAAAUGAGACAUUGUAUUUUCAAAAUUAGGGUCAUCUGCAGGGAAGUAUCCCCUGAAUAAAGUCUUGCCUUAGAAUUAGGUUGUCAUCUCUGUGUUUUUUAACUCUGUCCAUAGGUGUAUGAUAUUGUUCAUUCAAUUCAGCUAAAUAUAUUUUGUCUGAAUAUAUCAAUGAGGCCUUAAGAUAGGUAGAAAGGUAGGCCUAUUAUUUUUGAUUUGUCAAUUCUGCCAAGGGCUAUUAAUUGUAUUGAUUUGACAAUAGCACAUUGGGUGUCUUUGCAUUUGACACUCCUAGCAUUUUUGCUAAGUCUGGCGUUAUGCCUAAAGCGGGGGAUGGCUCCUUGUGAUUUAUUUCAGUAGCGUUGUGAUAGGGUGAAGUCAGUCCUAUUUUUGGUCUAACCUGCUGACAGGGGAGGGGGAUGCUGGACUUGCGAUUGAUAACUAAGUCGUCCUUACAAGCAUACCCCUUAGACCUGCAGCUACAAAAAAAACAGUUGCAGCUUCAUCCUUAGUCCAUUGUUUGUAAAAAUUGCAUCGGUGGAUGCCGGCUUUAUUUGGGUAAAAAGUGGUUGUUGUUAAAUUUUGUCAUGGUUGUUAAGUUAUUGUAAAUAUAGAUUGUAAAUUAUGAUAAAUUUGAUGGCAUUAUUAAAUAUACACAAAUACAUGAAA